AUGUUGUGGUUGAGGCACUUGGCGGCCGCGUGCCACACGUCGUCCGACCCGUCGGCCACCUUGGCAAUGAAGCCGGCCGUGACGACGUCCAAGUCCGUCUCGUCGAUGCCCAUGCGCACGUGGCGUUUACCCUCUACAUUCCCAGAUUCUCCUGCUGAAGACUGUCAGAAAAGUGCAUGUCAGAUCCAAUUGUCCACAGGUCAUAAUUUUUGCACACCAAAAAUUGCUUGUCAAGAGCAUCUUCACAAAUUUCAGUCCCGCAUUCACAACGGCGCGCGAAUAAUCCCACCCAAGCUGGUCGCCGGGCACAUCCUUGAGCCUGGGGAACCUUGCCUUGUACUCUGGGUACUUGCUCAGGACUUCCACAAAGGUGGACCUGCCCAUGACCAGGGCCCUGGGCUGGACAGACGCCCAGGACUUUUUCAGUGCCUGCUGCUGGGAUGGCGCAGGGGCGACACCUACUCCAUGGUAGAAAAAAUCGAAAGAGUUGAGGACAGCCGGCGUUUGACGGUUCAUAAAAUCUUCACAAGGAGCAAACGAGCAUCGGACAAACUCACUCACAUUUUGUCAGUGAGUGAAUCGAUACGACUGACUCGUCAUUUGCUGCCUGUUGGCCACAUCCUGGAGCCUGUGUCCAUUUUUGGUCCGUCGCACAAGCGGGCAGUCAGUCGGCGGCGGACCGGCGUCCAGGUCGGGCGGUCCCAUUGGAGGGACGCCGUUUUUCCCACUCAACUCAUUGUGAGGAGUCAUAGUCCCCAAUUCCCUGACUAUACCGUUCGUGACGAGCGUGCGAAAAAUAUUCCCUUGGAUGAUGAUGAUGAUGAUUAUGAUGAAGACGUGAUGAAACCGUAUUCAGCAAGUCCCACGAAAACGAGGGGCACAAUUCGUGACGAGCGUGCGAAAAAUAUUCCCUUGGAUGAUGAUGAUGAUUAUGAUGAUGAAGACGUGAUGAAACCGUAUUCAGCAAGUCCCACGAAAACGAGGGGCACAAACAAGGUCAGAACGAAUUCAGCUUACGUGAAUGUUAUGCAGUUCAUCGAUUUGAUUAACGUGCAGCAGAAGCGGUUCAUCGAUGAUGAUGUCGACGACGAUGACGAAGGUGUCGGCAGUUGCGAGAGGCCAGAGUCGCAGAUGUCGAUGGCGUCCACGCUGACGUUGACGACGGAACGAGUGGCUCUGGAGUCGACCGACAGUGGCGUCGUGGACGAGGAACCCUGUGCUUCAACAAUCCCUCCUCCUUCAUCUUCUCUCAAUUCAUGCGCCGUCAACAGAUAUGAAACUACGAAAACUGUGUCUUACGUUCGAAAGAACCUCAUCACAAACGCCAGUGUGAAGUCGUUGUCAUCAUCACUACGACUACUCCAACACACAACUCCAAGUCCAGAAUGCAAGCUUUCUUGGAGUAGUGUUUGCAGUCACACUUCAGCAACAGUAGUAGUGAUGCUGAUGAGGUUGUGUGUUGAGGUUCAGGUCCAUUCCAAUGGAAAUGAACCUGAAGGCCAGGUUUGUGCAAACGAUUGCGGAUUGAAAUUGGCCAAGGACGAAAAAGUUGAUGACAUUUUGUGCAUGUUUCUGACAAGCAGCUCUUUAGUAGAA